AUGCAGAACCACCAAACCAAACACAUGCCUCCUACAGCGGGUUCAUCUCGUCUGAAAUCGGAUGCCCAAACUAGUAGCGACGCCAAUAGAACAAACAGCGGGAAUAAGGAUUCUGGUGAGAAAGUUGCGCCGCGGAAUAACCAGGAAUCAAAAGAAACAAACGUGAAAGAAGGAAAGACAGCAUGGCACAUGGAGCGAUGGCUGAACGAGACAACUAAGGAGUCAACAUGGAGUGUACAUGGGCGCUUCUGA